AUGAAGCUAGUACUGAAGCUGAUACUCUUGGUGCUGACUGUUUCCGCAGUUGCAGGCUUUGUGGUAAGGCCGUGUACUGUCUGUCCAUCGCGGAAUCCUUCCGCGUUGGCAGCUACGGUCGAUGCCGAGUCCGGCAGUCGCACUCGGCGGGGCUUUGUCACUGCCGCGGUUACGCUAGGUGUUGGUGCGGUGGCAACCUUGGGCAACAACGUACUCCCAGCCGUGGCGGAAACCAUGGACGACUUGGCCAUGCCCACCGAGAAGGAACAAGCCGCAAUGGAUCACGUCGUUCCCGCGCGUGUGCUACAAGGCUUGGCCAUUUCGUCACGACGUGCCUACAUCACCAUCCCCUCGCUCGACUCUGCCAACGUACCAUCCUUUCCUCAUGAUGAGUCCGAGGGCUACCAACAAGAAGCUGCCAUGAAGGAUCGUUUGCGCCGCAAAGCGGAACUCCAAAAACAAGCGGCGGCACCCAAGGGACUAGCCGAAUCCAUGAAGGCCGAAAAGGAAAAGCAAGGUGAAAUCAAGAAACUUUCCAAAGAGGAGCGUCGCAACGCCCUGUGCGAAGAGCUCGGCCGCGGAUGCUAA